UGGUGUUCGAGGGUCAGGGGUUGCUAGUUGUUGUCUGAUGAAACUGCAAACGAUAUUAGCUAGGUACAGCUCAUCGUUGCUAUUUAUUAACAAGCUCCAAAGACCAGGAAAAAGUACAUUUACCUAGCUAACGAAAUAUUUAUCUCAAAGCAUUGCGAAGCUUACCGGCGUUAACAUUAUAGCUUUUGUUUAGCUAACAUGCUAGCUAGCCAGCUAAAAAAUAUUGCAUGUCAGCUGUUAGAAAGCAUUAGCUAGUUUUUUUAAACUGCACCUUUUCAAUUAUUUAUUUUGUGAGCUUUGUCCUCAUUUCGUGGGCUUUGUCCUGAUGAACGUUAGCAGCGUAUGCACGAGAAGAAUAAUCCUGGAAGUGAAUGUUUAACAUUAGCCACGGAGCUAAUUAGCUGGCUAGCAAUCGUUAGCUUGUCAUCUACAUGGAUUUUAAAGGGUCAUUAAAUACUACGAGGAUGAUUUUGCCUAUGGUGAUUCUCCUAAUAGUUUUCUCACACGGAACAACCGCUGGUAAGAAAAAAACAAAAACAAGUCAGCCAGGUAGAUGUCAAGGUUUAUACUAUUUGACAGAUUGUGUAACGAUAGUGUUGGCUAGAAUUGCAUUAACUAACAAGCUUGUCAUUUUCUGAGGCACUAACGUUAGUUAGCUAGCUACCUAGUUAUCAGUACUGUCUGCAGGAAAGUGCUUUCUUCUACGAAGUCGUGUUCUUUGGAUGAAUAUUGUUUGUCAGCAGAUGCACAAUACUUAAUCUGACGUUUUUCUUUGAUGUUGUCUUUCUGCAGAUGAAGAGCCAGAGGGGAAUAAUGAUCAUGCUCCUGAAUUGAAGGUAGCUAGCUAGCUAUAACUAUUAAAUAGUACCUGCUGUGCCCUUUUCUAUUGCUUAACUUCAUUCCAUAUUGAUAAUGUAGGCUAGUUUAGGACCAAGCUGCAAUCCUUAGGCAAGCAAGUCUGUCUUAACCAAUAAUUGCAUUUAGAUGUGGAAGUAGGCCUACCUAUCUUUUUCAAUGUUUACAUAAGAAGCUGUUUGGUAUCAUGCAAGCAAAAAUAUAGGUUAACAUUAUAAAUGGCAAAGCCGAUUUGCUUUGCAAAGAACUAACCAAAUAAAGCACAUUUGUAUAGCCUUGGUCUCACUCAUCCACUAACCUUCAAGCUAAUGACAAUAUGUUAAGUUAUAUUUCAUCACGUAACCCCUCCAUCCCUUCAUAUUGCUUGUUUCCCCCCUUUAGUCUUACCAUGAGCACAACUCGGAGGAGGAUGAGGUCCCAGUAGGCGCCAGGAUUGUAGCAGGAAUGGUGACUUCCCCCAGGGAGGCCUCGCAGCCGGAGGGAGAGAGAAGACCCGAUGGUGGGGUCCAGGAGGGUGGGCUGGAGAGGGAAGAGAAGGAGGACUUGCCCACCCAACCUCCUCCCGUUGAAGAAAGGCCUAAAGAGGGUAAGGUUCCGUAAGAUAGCCUUGAUUGGCCAUGUGUCACUAGUGGCCAUUGCGGUUCGUUUUCUGUGACUUGUGCCUGUCUUGACUAAUAAGAAGAUAAUUGAAGAAUGUUACAUGGAGAAGUGUCAUAUCUUUGUAGGAAUUAAUUAUUAUAUCAGUCUGCAAAGCACCGAAAGUUUCACUCCAUAGAUUUCAGCUAUCCCACAUUUACACCUCUAGAACUGGGAACAUGUUUAGAGUGACAAUAUCUUGGCUGAGAACAUUGAGGAAACAUUUUGAGAAAUUGGGACAUACUAAGCUUUGCUGUCACCUGGCCUUGAGCAUGGCAACAGUGUGAUGUCUUUUUGAACUUGAUCUCAGUGAAACUGUUGGCUCUCAUGGGAAAUUAAAACACACUUGCACCUGUGACAUCUCUGAAAGUAGCAUCAAUACUCUGGUGAAGAGUAUAUGUACCAUUUGGCCACUACUGUAGGGUUUCUUUCAUAAUUUAACCAGAAUGGUUAAAGCUUUAGCUUACUUAAAACAGAUUUGAGCUUCAAUUUGUUAAUGUUUGCCACACACACACGUUGAUCACCAUCCAUCUGUUUCCUGUCUGUGUUUUCGCUUGAACAUACUCCCCUCCCCCUACCACCUGUGAUUUUUGGUUGAUGCAGUUCCUGUGGUGAAUGGGGGCACAGCCAAUGGGAAGCCCUGUCUCUUCCCCUUCCUCUUCCUGGGGAAGGAGUACUUGGACUGUACCACCGAUGGACGGGGGGACGACCGCCUGUGGUGCGCCACCACCUACGACUACGACAGGGACAAGAGAUGGGGCUUCUGUGAGAGUAAGUCUCCCUUAAAGCACACACGUAAAAAAAAAAAAAGCUCAUUCCCCCCCCCCCCCCACCCCCUGUUUCUCUCCCUUAGAGAGGGACUCACACACGGACACUCACACACACCACUUCUGAGGCUGAAACAAAUUGUCCUUGGCGGAUGAAUAAAGUUUACCAAAGUUACCAGAAUCUUGGUGAUUUAUAGUUGAAUACCUUUUUAUAUCUGUCCAUUAAUUUCUAGUGGAAAUACCUUAUGGUUAAAGAGAAAAUAGCCUAAUUAUCAAUUAUUUUCAAUAAACUUUUCAAUCAAGCAACUCUUCCAGCUAUUUACUGUUUUCAUAACUGCCGCCAGUUUGGUGCCAAAACAUUUACAAAGACAUAUUGACAUAGUAAAAUAAAUAAGUGUAUAUCAAUUAUAAAUAUAUAAAGGAUAUUUCAUGCGUAAACCCUCAUAUUAAACACCAAUGGUAUAUUUAUAUUUAGGAUGUUUUACAGCUUUGUCAUUCUAUUUUUAAAGGAUCAUUUUAUUUGAUGAUUUUAUAUAUUUUACAUGUGAUAAGGCCACACAGAGGGCCAGAGAUAAGAGACCUGUGAUCAUCUGAAGUACGGUACCCAAAAAGGCCACUAGAUGUCAUUUGAUAAAAUUCCCCCCAAAACCUUGAAAGUUAAACAAAAUUCUGGUAGUUUACUGGUAAACUGUGAAAGUUACCAGAAAUAUACCCUCCCUUUGCAACCCUAGUUGUAUUGUAUAUUGUAGCGGAGGAGCAGGUGGAGCAGAGGCAUCUUGCGGAGGAGACCGAAAAGGAGUACCAGACAGCCCUCCGCAUGAUCAACGGAACCAACCGGAAGAGCCAGAAGAAAGAGUGAGCUCUCUUUCUCCUCCUCAUUGUCUCAUCUACAGUGUUCAUAAGUGUGCUUGCUGACAGCAAGAACACUCUAGACAAGCACACUUUAGACAACCCACUUACUCAUUAUUAUUAUUAUUAUUAGUGUGCUUGCUGAUAGCAAGAACACUCUAGAAAUCCCACAGUCUUAUUAUUAUCUUUCUUCCUCUUGCUUAAGAGAUUCCCUAAAAACACGCCACUUCGAUACAGCUACGACUUUUUCUUAGCAGGUUAGUGCCUUCAGAAAGUAUUCACACCCCUUGACUUUUUCCGCAUUUUGUUGUAUUACAGCCUGAAUUUAAAAUGGAUUCAAUUGACAUUUUGUGUCACUGGCCAGCUACACACAGUACCCCCAUAAUGUUAAAGUGGGAUUAUGUUUUUAGACAUUUUUACAAAUAAUUAAAAAUGAAAAGCUGAAAUGUCUUGUCAGUAAGUAUUCAACCCAUUUGUUAUGACAAGCCUAAAUAUAUUGAUCACAGAUAUAAACUCACCAUGUAAAGUGUUGGUCCCUUGUUUCAUGAGCUGAAAUAAAAGAUCCCCGAAAUGUUUCAUAUGCACAAAAAGCUUAUUUCUCUAAACUUUUGUGCGCACAUUUGUUUACAUCCCUGUUAGUGAGCAUUUUUCCUUUGCCAAGAUAAUCUAUCCACCUGACAGGUGUGGCAUAUCAAGAAACUGAUUAAACAGCAUGUGCUGGGAACAAUAAAAGGCCACUCUAAAAUGUGCAGUUUUGUGUCUCAAGUUUUGAGGGAGCUUGCAAUUGACAUGCUGACUGCAGGAAUGUCCACCAGCGCUGUUGCCAGAGAAUUUAAUGUUAAUUUCUCUACCAUAAGCUGCCUCCAACGUCGUUUUAGAGAAUUUGGCAGUGCAUCCAACCGGCCUCACAACCGCAGGCCACGUGUAACCACGCUAGCCCAGGACCUCCACAUCCGGCUUCUUCACCUGCAGGAUCGUCUGAGACCAGCACCCGGACAGCUGAUGAAACUGUGGGUUUGCAUAACCAAAUCAUUUCUGCGCAAAUUGUCAGAAACUGUCUCGGAGAAGCUCAUCUGCACGCUCGUUGUCCUUCCCAGGGUCUUGACCUGACUGCACUUUGGUGUAGUAACCGACGUCACCUUCAAUGGCCACUGGCAAGCUGGAGAAGUGUGCUCUUCACGGAUUAAUCCCGAUUUCAACUGUACCGGUCAGAUGGUAUGGUGUCGUGUGGGCGAGGGGUUUGCUGAUGUGAUCAGAGUGCCCCAUGGAGGGGUUAUGGUAUAGGCUGGCAUAAUCUAUGGACAACUAACACAAUUGCAUUUUAUCGAUGGGAAUUUGAAUGCACAGAGAUAUCGUGACGAGAUCCUGAGACCCAUUGUUGUGCCAUUCAUCCGCUGCCAUCACCUCAUGUUUCAGCAUUAUAAUGCAUGGCCCCAUGUCGCAAGGAUCUGUACACAAUUCCUGGAAGCUGAAAACGUCCCAUUUCUUCCAUGGCCUGCAUACUCACCAGACAUGUCACCCAUUGAGCAUAUUUGGGAUGCUCUAGAUCGACGUGUUCGACAGCGUGUUCCAGUUCACAAAUAUCCAGCAACUUCGCACAGCCAUUGAAGAGGAGUGGAACGACAUUCCACAGGCCACAAUCAACAGCCUGAUCAACUCUUUGCGAAGGAGAUUUGUCACGCUGUAUGAGGCAAAUGGUGGUCACACCAGAUGGUUUUCUGAUCCACGCCCCUUACCUUAAAAAAAAACCCUGAUGCAUAUCUGUAUCCCCAGUCAUUUGAAAUCCAUAGAUUUGGACCUAAUGCAUUUAUUUCAAUUGACUGAUUUCCUUACAUAAACUGUAACUCAGCAAAAUCUUUGAAGUUGUGUUUUAUUUUUGUUCAGUGUAAUAAGUUCAGGAGGAAAAAUGUGCUUAACAAGUCACAUAAGUUGCAUGGACUCACUCUGUCCAAUAAUAGUGUUUAACAUUAUUUUUGAAUGACUACCUUAUCUCUGUACUCCACACAUACAAUUAUCUGUAAGUCCCUCAGUCGAGCAGUGAAUUUCAAACACAGAUUCAACCUCAAAGACCAGGGAGGUUUUCCAAUGCCUCGCAAAUAUUAAAUAUCCCUUUUGAGCAUGGUGAAGUUUUGAAUGACACUUUGGAUGGUGUAUCAAUGCACCCAGUCACUACAUAGAUACAGGCGUUUUUCUAACUCAGUUGCCGGAGAGGAAGGAAAACGCUCAGGGAUUUCACCAUGAGGCCAAUGGUGACUUUAAAACAGUUACAGAGUUUAAUGGCUGUGAUAGGAGAAAACUGCGGUUGGAUCAACAACAUUGUAGUUACUCCACAAUACUAACCUAAAUGACGAGUGAAAAGAACAAAGCUUGUACAUAAUACAAAUAUUCCAAAACAUGCAUCCUGUUUGCAAUAAGGCAUUGAAGUAAAACUGCAAAAAAUGUGGCAAAGACAUCAACUUUAUGUCCUGAAUACAAAGCAUUAUGUUUGGGGCAAAUCCAACGCAACACAUCACUGACUACCACUCUUCAUAUUUUCAAGCAUGGUGGUGGCUGCAUCAUGUUAUGGGUAUUCUUGUCAUCGGCAAGGACUAGGGAGUUUUUUGGGAUGAAAAGGAAUAAGCACAGGCAAAAUCCUAGAGGGGAAAACCUGGUUCAGUCUGCUUUACAACAGACACUGGGAGACAAAUUCACCUUUCAGCAGGACAAAAACACAAAUCCAAAUAUACACUAGAGUUGCUUACCAAGACAUUCAAUGUUCCGGAGUGGCCUAGUUAAUGUUUUGACUUAAAUCAGCUUGAAAAUCUAUGUCAAGACCUGAAAAUGGCUGUCUAGCGAUGAUCAACCAACUUGACAGAGCUUGAAGAGUUUUUAAAUAAAAUAAUUACCCAAAAAUACUCACAGCUGUAAUCACUGCCAAAGGGGAUUCUAACAUGUAUUGACUCAGGGAGUUGAAUACUUAUUUAAUCAAUAUACUGUAUUAGUGUUUUUUUUAUUAAUCUUAAAAUGUUAAACAUUUCUUCCACUUUGACAUUUUCAUUUUUUUGUGUAGAUCAUAAUAAAAAAACACAAAUCCACUUUAAUCCCAAUUUGUAACAACAAAAUGUGGAAAAGGUCAAGGGGUAUGAACACUUUCUGAAGGCACAACACCUUUUACUUAUUCAACCUUCCACCUAUUCUUCUUCAUCUUAUUCCUCAUCAGGUUGUAUGAGAAGCUAUUGAAGGUUGCCGACAAGGGCCACCACAAGGCCAUGGAGAAGGUGGCCUACGCCAUGCUGUUUGGGGACUACAUGGCCCAGAACAUCCCCAAGGCCAAGGAGCUGUUUGAGAAGCUGGCCCUGGAGGGCUCCCCCAAAGCUCAGACGGUAAUGGAACAUUCCUAUUUAAACUUAAUGGGUCCAGGGUAGUGUCAUUGACCACAUUUACAUGUGCACUAUAUUCCGGGUUGUAGCUCAUCCCGCUUAUUGUCUUAUUUGGGAUAAGCUGUUUACAUGCACCUUUUGAUAUCCAGCUCACAAGUAUCCCUGUAUCCAUUAAUAAACAGAAUAUUCCUAAUUUAAGUUAAUAUGGGUUAAAUGGAAUAGUAACUGAAAUAUGGACACUGACUGUAGGCCUAUAACAUCUCACAUGUAGUGUUAUAUAAUAUUAACUCCUGCAGAAUGAUGCAUAUCUUGCAGUAAAAUGAUACAAUACAUUUUUAUUUUGUCCCGGGAACAGGAGUGGAGAAAUAUUUUUAUUUUUUCUUUCAGCAUCUCUUGAGAAAAUGCAAAUACCUGUGUAAUGUGUUAUCUUUGACACUGUUAUGCAAGCAGACAGUAUUUGCGCCUAAGAUGAACUGAAGUCUUUAAGAGUUUCUGAUAUUUCCUUAACUGGUCAAAGUGAUGACAUUUUGCACAGGACCAAUCUUUCCAUUGUUUUGGAGUUAUUGAGUUUUCUCCCUGGUCCCUAAAAGAAAAAGGCAAAUUUAGCUGUGUUAAAUAGAUUACUAAUGCAUUAAUUCUAUCAAUGUAAGGCAUUCUGGUGAGCACUACUUGAUUUAGUCUUCUAGGGCAACAAGUUAUGACAGAAGAGAAGCUGCAUGUAUCUAACUAUAGUUGACAAACAAAUGGCCUUACCUAAUGUCAGAAAUUAUAAUAUGCCCUACCAAAUGUCAGAAAUCAUAAGCAGAAAAUGGUCUAAAUUAGGGGUGAAAGUAGCCAGUAGACUAUACGGUCCAGUAUGGAGUAUCAGCAAAAUAAAUUAUGGAAUUAUGGUGGCUCGAACUGCGCAGGUAGCCUACUUUUUUGAAGUGAUUUGUUUGACAAUCAGAUGACAACCUCUUCAAACAACACACAUGAUAUGCGAAACUGAGCUUGCGUAGACUGCAAAAAACAACAGUAAAUGAGAAGCUGUUUACAUGCCACAGUAUCCCGUCUAAAAUCAGCAUAUCCCAGGCAUCUUAUCCGGGUUUCUCAUAACCGGGAUACAAUAUUUUUUGUGUUAUUGUAAACGGGAUAUGAUUGUCUCAACUCAAAAACCGAAUACUUGAGUAUCCCGAAUAAUAAGAGGAUAUUGGUCUGCAUGUAAACGUGUUCUUUGAGACAAUGGGGUUUCAGGUUGUCUCCAGGCUUUGUCCAAGAUUUAUUUCCCUCAUUAAAAUGCAAAUCCAUUUAUAACAUUUUUGACAUGCGUUUUUCUGGAUUUUUUUGUUGUUAUUCUGUCUCUCACGGUUCAAAUAAACCUACCAUAAAAAUUAUAGACUGAUCAUUUCUUUGUCAGUGGGCAAACAUACAAAAUCAGCAGGGGAUCAAAUACUUUUUUCCCCUCACUGUAUAUGAUUGAAUCCGUGUUCAUGCGUCUCUGUGGUUGUAGGUAGCCUAACGCUCCACCCUAUUUCCUGUAGGCACUUGGUUUCUUGUACGCUGCCGGGUUAGGAGUGAACUCCAGUCAAGCAAAGGUACCAACACCCAGCCUUUCCACUUUCUCCCUCCAAACCGCUCUCCUCUUUCCAUGUAGCCUAUAUACUGAUCAAAAGCUCUAUUUGUUCAGAGGUAGCUUUUGUAGUAGAGCGGAGCGAUAUGGACAAAAAUCUAUUUUAAGAUAAAUUGACUGAAUUAUAAUGAUAAGUAGAACCAUGAGUUUAUAACGUUUUUAUUUUUAUAUUACCCUUAACUAUUAUUACUACUUUAAAUGUUGUAGCUAUCAAUUGUCCCAUUUAACAAUCACUGAUAUUAACAAACUUACUUCAUUUCAAACUUCCAUUACUCUAGUAGGGCCCUAUAGGUUAUUUAUCGUAAUGAACAAUAUCAGCAAAAUGUCCACGAUAAGUUGUCGGUUUGGUCGGUGUUGAUUAUCUUUGGUUUAUCAACCCAGCUCUAUUUCCAAGAUGAUAUUGAAAUUACCUGCUAAGCCUGGAAUGUAAAGCAUAACCCUCAACUCUGUUUCAGGCGUUGGUUUACUACACCUUUGGGGCUUUGGGCGGAAACCUGGUGGCUCAUAUGAUUCUGGUGAGCUACUUCUGCUGUUUUGUAGUUUUGAAUAGAGAAGCCUUAUGUGUCUUGUUCUUCCUUAUGGAUAUACUGAAUAAUUAUUUAAUUACCUUUCCCUUCGUUGCUACCAUUCUCUCUUUAGGGAUACCGAUACUGGGGUGGUGUGGGCGUACCCCAGAGCUGCGAAUCAGCACUGACGCACUACAGACUGGUGGCCAAUCACGGUAGGAGGCCACCCCCUCUCAACCAAUGAAUGUCUUUCACUGUUUCAGUUGAGUUUCUCAGUAGCUAGGUUUCUAUACAAUAGGCGACAGAUUUUCAUGCGAAUAUUCUAAAUUCUGCAUAAAAACAAUUUGUUUUCAUCAUAUUGACUUGUUGCGGAUAAAAUGUAGUGCACAAAAAAAUACUUAUUGCGGUUAAAUUGCCAUGUACAGAAUAAGAAGAAAAGUUAAAUGGGUUUCCAUCGCAAUUUCAACUCUACUGAUGGUUUUGUCACCAAAGAUGUUGCGUGAUUUAGUGAAUGUGCCCACUAUGGUCUUGGCACGUGCGCUCUAGCCAAUAGCUCAUAGAAACAGUGCGGGUAAAGCCUACAUGAUGAGAUUAUUAUGGAAAGAAUAGCACAAUUAUUUUUAUUUGUCAAACUGCAGCCAAGCAUUGAUCAUCAUGUCACCAGAAUAAUAACCUCUAUUUAUUGUCUUGGCGCAUCAAGCUCAUUACCAUGCACUUUCACCACCCUGUGACGUUCUCAUUACUUAUUUAAUCUGUAAUAAACUACAUGCUUUCCCCAGUCGUAGUAGGAAGACCACACAACAUAUCAUCGCGUGACUCCAAGUUUACUUAGCAUAAAUCAUUUUAAAGACACAAAAAUAUCACACCUUGUCUAAAGUAUUUUGUUUUGUCAACAUUUGGAUAGUUUACAGACAAAUCUGCUGUUUCGAUCAGGCCUGUCGUGAAAUGUUUUAUCCGACACGUAUUUUACUCGCAUAAAAAGGUUGGAUGGAAACUUGGUUAGUGUGUAGAAUUGAGAAGACCUGCAUUUGAAAAGCCCUAAAUUGUAGGUGCCACAAACUGACUAAACAAAAGGAAAGGCUGCAUUCAAAAAGUGACUUUUUGAUUCACAGAGCAAAUUUACGGCAGCAAGAUUUUAGUCCUGAGGCUUUCCUUAGGCUGCAUGCAAAGAGCAGUGAGUUGUUCUUCUUUUUCAUUCUUUCUUUCACUCUCCUUAACCUCCAGUGGCCAGUGACGUGUCCCUGACGGGGGGCAGUGCGGUGCAGAGGGUGCGUCUGCUGGAUGAGGUGGAAAACCCGGGCUCUACCAGCGGAAUGCUGGAGGAAGACCUGAUCCAGUAUUAUCAGUUCCUGGCUGAGAAGGGAGAUAUCCAGGCCCAGGUUAUGGUUAAGAUGGGGCACACUGCUCUUACAGGGUUCUUUUCUGCAUAGGAAAUUCUAUGGGAUUCUUUGCGAUAGAAAAGGCAUUCUGUGUCAACUUGAAUGACUAAAACUAAAUAGAAAGAAUGUAGAUUUUUUUUUUUUUUAUAUAUUGUUAUAUUUAAGAACUAACAAUAUAAUAUAAAAGCUAGACCAGGGGUGACGACCUCAAUCGCCGCAAUGGCAAUUUUGAAAAAAACAUACAUUUGUGGGCCAGACAUAGCCUAUAUAAAAAAAUAUAUAUAUAUAUAAUGUGCAUACAAAUGUCCACCCACACUGGACAUUGUUAAAACAUUUUUAUUAAAUGCCUCUUCAUAAUGUCCACUUAUAAACGUACAAUAUGAGAGCGUACUGGCUGGCUCGUGGGUAGGUGGGUCUGGGAGGAGGGGUGUGUGGCAAUGCACUUCCAUUUGGUGGGCAGCAUGUUGGCAGUGCUUGCUGGGACUUGUAGUGCUGUGUGUCGGGGGCUGUAUGGAAGUAGGCCAAAAAUGAAUUGACAACCCAAAUCAUUGCACGGGUUGGAUAGAAAUGUCACGGGCCAGAUCCGGCCCGCGGGCUUUGUUUGACACGUGAGCAAGACAGUCAGGGAGAAAGGAAAAUUCCAGAAAUAUUAUUUAUACAAAUAUUAUAUAUACAAAAAUAGUAUUUCUGGCAGCAAGGCAUUAUUAUACCCUUCCUCAUGGGAGAUAAUGGAAAGAAUCGAAUUGUCCCAUUUUCAAGUUUCUCUGGUGCUUGCAUGAAUAUAGCAUGAUAAUGAGGAAGCGGGUAAUGAUUGAAAAGGUGGGCCCUGGUCAAAAGUGGUGCACUAUAUAGGGAAUAGGGUGCCAUUUGGGACUCUGACGUGGUGUUUCGUGCCAUGACCCCAUGCUUUGCUCCCAACAGGUGGGACUGGGCCAGCUGCAUCUGCACGGUGGUCGGGGGGUGGAGCAGAACCACCAGGUAACCUUCCCCUAACCCAUUUUCAACCUUUUUCAAACACUGCAAUUGUAAGAUCUUAAUUUUAUCACCCUGUUGCAGGAGAACUUUCCUGCAAUGCAGGAAAUGUAAAACUUGUAGUGUAUUUGAGGUUUAAAAAGGCUUCUGAAGUUAGACAUUUCUGACUUGAUUUUCCCUUACAAAACAUUUUAUCAACCCCUAAAAACAUAGUUAUAAUCCACAUAAUAAUUCAACAUUUCCUGUUGCUGCAGGAUUAUUUUCCUGCUGUAGCAAACUGGCUCAAAUUAAGAUCCUACAUAUGUAGCUCUGUCACGCUCACUCCUGUAUUUAGUGUGAAGUUGGUGUGGAGAUGGUCACAAAUGAAAUGUGUUUUUGUCGACAGCGGGCCUACGAUUACUUCAACCAGGCCGCGAAUGCUGGGAACACGCACGCCAUGGCCUUUCUUGGGAAGGUAAGAUUAUUACAUGAUCUUAUAGGCCUGUAGCACUGUGUAGAAAUAAGCAAGUAAUGCUACCCUUACUCUGUGGCUGUGCUACCGUCGUUCAGUGGUUUCUCUUACUCCUCAUUUAUUCUCUUCACUCUUUUUUUUCUCUCUACCUCUCGCUCUCUCACUAUCUUUCAGAUGUACUCAGAGGGCAGUGAGUACUUGUCUCAGAACAAUGAGACGGCCCUGCAGUACUUCAAGAAGGCCUCUGACCUGGUGAGUAACCAAACAUUAGAAUAGAAUGACUAGAAUGGACAUUCUAUUUCUGUGGUCCAACCAUGGAUUGUUAUACAUCCAUAAUGAUAUCUAUAUAGCUCUGUUUGGUUCCUCUUUACUAUUAUCAAACGAUUCACUCCUAUGGAUAUCUUGCACAUAGCCCACAGUGCCUGUACAGAAUGUAAGAAUUACCAAUAUAAGAAUCCACUGCUUAUAGUUGUCAAACUGUUGGACAGAAACAUUCCUAUACAUUGCUUUUCAAUGCAGAUGGUAUUUCAGGAUCAAUCUGUUUUAUUAUAGUCAAAUUAACCGGUAUAGAUGUGGUUCUUUCAAGAGUGCACUAUUAUCUUCAAUACUUAUCGUUGUGUCUUGGGUGGUUUCUGUCUCUUUUUGAUGUCCUUACUCGCUGUUCUUGUCCCCUAGGGUAACCCUGUCGGGCAGAGUGGGACUGGGCAUGGCGUACCUGUACGGGAGAGGCGUGCCAGUGGUGAGUGACCCCUCCCCCUCUGCAAUUCUAAAAAUGUUGCCAUGGGGCGGAGAUUAAAAUGAGCAGUUUUAGGGCAAAUUUCCUGCAAUUCCAAAAAUUGCCAUAGGGUGGAAACAAAUGUUUGCAGUUUUUAAUAUGAUAUCUGCGUGAGAGUGACUAACAAAAUCAAUCGCAGCCCCCGGUUGGUAAUUUGACUAUGAUUACUUCAAGUUUAGAUAGCUGGCCGCUAGACUAACUUACCAAUCUAAAACAUGUUAGCUGUCAGUAGCGAUGUUUCCAUUAACUUGUCCAGUGAUACAUUUUUUGGGGUCGACAUUUUGAACGCUUGCAUAGAGAAUUGCCUGCUAGGGUUCGUUUCCAUUUAACUAGCGUGUCGAUAAAAACAACUGGACGUAAUGAUGUCACACCAAAAAAAAAUACAUAAAUAAAUAAAUCGCAACCUACAGUGUCGAAUUAAAAUGUAGUAGUUGAAGUGUUUACAUUAAACAUUUAGUCAAAUUGCGUGUUAAUAAAUUGGCGACUGCCUGUGUGCCCUCCCACCGAUCUUUUUCAUCUCAGGUAACCCGCGAAAGCCAGCAUGGAUAGAAUGCAAUAAUUGACUAAUAUUUGCCAUAUUCUAAUAAUUAUCAUGUUCAAACAUGUCACCACGGUGCCAUGAACUUGCACUCCUGUGGAUCUGAAAUAUUUGGAUGGUGACACUUGCCAGCCAACCAGAAAAGCAAGGCGAAGCAAUUCGGGCAUUCUUGAAAGUUCUGACAAUCCUUGUCCUGCAAAGAAAUAUUAUCUUUAUAGUUACAAUUUAUUUUUGUAAGCGGUAGGCAUUUAGAAUUAAAUGUGGCGUGGAGCUUGUAGUUACAUGAUGAGAUCACGUGCCCUGCGUACCUUCAAAAGUAUUCAGCAAUUAUUUAAAAAACCCAGUUUCCAUCAUUUUUCGCAAGUUUGACAAAAUAAAAAUCCAGCCUUGCCGAACAAAUAAAAUGUUUGAUCUUUACAAAAUGUCUCAUAUCUGCUGUUUUCAUACAUUUCGCAAUUAUUAUUUUUGCGACAUUGCUUUUGUCGAGAAAUAAACCUGGGUCAAUGGAAACCUGCCUACUGACUGACAUAACAAGAGAAACUGCUGAUGCACAACCAAAUUUGCACCUUUUGUAUUUUACUAUUCUAACUCUCAACAGUCAGUUUAGACCCCGACUUCAUUUUUUUGUUAGUUUUUUGGAUGAAAUUGAUUGCGCUGCCAUUUUCAUAAUCCCUGCUUUACACGGUAGCUACAUUCCUAAAGUGAGCUUCUGUAGACAUUGGCAUAGGCAAUAGAAUCCAGCAGCUGUGUACUGUAGGUUUACAGUUCAUUCGGAAAGUAUUCAGACCCCUUCACUUUUUCCACAUUUUGUCACCUUAAAGCCUUAUUCUAACAUGAAAUAAAUGUAUUUUUUCCCCUUAUCAAUCUACACACAAUACCCCAUAAUGACAAAGCGAAAACAGGCUUUUAGAAAUGUUUGCAAAUUUAUAAAAAAACAAAUACCUUAUUUACAUAAGUAUUCAGACCCUUUGCUAUGAGACUCGAAAUUUAGCUCAGGUGCGUCCUGUUUCCCCCUGUGGUAAAUUCAAUUGAUUGGACAUGAUUUGGAAAGGAACACAGUCUAUAUGUGACUCGUUUCAGGAAACUAGGCAUAUGUCGCGCGUCACUACUACCAUUUGAACGUAUACUUUUAUUUUAUCAAAAUGUGUUUUUUGGCAGAAAUGCCUUCUGGAAUAUGUGAACUUUCAUGUGCCUUAAUAACAAACUUGUAUGCCAUCUGUAAAUACGAAUACAAUUGUUAAAUUACGAGAGUUGGUUUAGCUAAUGAAAAAGACAGGAACCUUCCCGCUAGCCAUGAUUGGCUGAGAUAAUGGAUGGGCUGGACAUGCCGAGAGAUGUUCGGAUUGGUCUGCCAUGUAGCCUGCUUCUGUCUAUAACAUGAGCUGCUCAGUAUUUGUAGGUAAUCCUUUCUAAUGCGUAUUUUAAAGUAAAAUAUAUAAGUGUUGCUCUACACUUUCUGGAGGACCGAGUUUUGAAAUCAGUGGAAGGCCUUGUGGAAUUAGAGUAUGAUAGCUAAGGUGAUGGAGAAAAUUCUGGCCUUUGAUUGCUAAUAUGCAGAGGGAGUCAAAGAGAACACACAGAAGGCUGUAUAAAACACCUGUCUCCGGAUUACAUCUUGGGCAACCAUGGCAUCCGUGACAGAGGGAGAAGUGUCCAUCCAUGUAUGCGGGUAAGAUAGUCUAGCUAGCUACAUUUUCAGAUAUUACACUUUCCUAAUUUUGUCAGUCAUUUUCAUUUCAAGUUAAAGCGUACUGUUAGGUAGCUAACGUUAACUGGCUGAAUCGCUAGCUAACGUUACGCGUAUGAUCUGUGUAGUAAUAUUAUUUGUAUCUCAGAGCCAUUUGCAUUGCUAGUUAUAGCCUAAUGUUAGCUAGCUAACAUUGAACCUGGUUGGUUAGCUUCCUGCAGAUUCAUGUAUGGUAGUAACGUUAUGAGUUGGGAUUAUGGUUCAUUGUUUAGCUAGCUAGCUAGCUAGCUACAUGUCUAAACAAAAGACUCCACUAUGCAAGUAACCAUUUCAAUACAAUGUUCAUGAUGUCACUGCGACAACUGUCGAUAGACGUAGCUGGUAAAUUCGCUCUGGCUAUCUACUCUAAUUUCAGAGCACUCUCGUCUGAGUGUGCCAGAGCGCAGUAUAACUGACUAAUUUACGAACGCUCAACACCCGUUGAAUGUGGCCGGUGUCAGUAAAUGUUGGCAAAAAAGCGUAUUUAAGUUGUUGCCAGCAGCACAGUUACAGUCACCAAUGCUCUGGAUACCAUAAAAACAGCCUAACCAGCUCUGCUAGGGUGAUCAGGGAGCUGUUCUCUCAUGUGUCUGGAAGUAGCUAGCAAUCUAGCCAACGUUAGCCAGUUAGCUUGGGAGCUUAACUGCUGCUGUUAGGUCAGAACGCUCUGCUCAACCCUAUUCCUCAGCCAGAGCGUCCAGUGUGCGCUCUGAAUGCUCUGAGAGCGUAACGCUCUGAAUUUACGAACGGACAAUCUGACAACGCUCUGAGUUUACGAUGGCCCAGGGCACACUCUGGCACGCCAGAUUUGAAUUUACGAAUACACCCAUAGAAUAAACCAGCCUUUAGUCUUGAAAUAUUUGGUUGUUUAGUACAUGGCCUCACGUGAAUCCUUAGAGAUGGGUGGGGCUAAGGCUUAAGAGGGUGUGAACGAUGCUCAAUGGGUGUAGACAAAGAAGGGCUCUCCAGUAGGUUUACCAAAAGUUUAUCAACUUUCAAAGUGGAAUUACUUUCCCAUUGUUCCUCAACUGUAGUGUAUGAUAUAACCAUUUUCUAGCUCUGAGUCUCUACUUUUAUCCAAUGUAAAAAACACCAUUUCAAAUUGUGCUACAUGACCGAAUCGAGCCGGUCGGUCACAAUAAGGUCCCACGGUUGACAGUGCAUGUAAGAGCAAAAACCAAGCCAUGAGGUCGACGGAAUUGCCGUAGAGCUCCGAUACAGGAUUUCUGCAGCAUUGAAGGUCCAGAAGAACACACUGGCCUCCAUCAUUCUUAAAUGGAAGAAGUUUGGAACCACCUAGACUCUUUCUAGAGCUGGCCGCCGAGCCAAACUGAGCAAUCGGAGGAGAAGGGCCUUGGUCAGGGAGGUGACCAAGAACCCAAUGUUCACUCUGACAGAGCUCCAGAGUUCCUCUGUGGAGAUGGGCGAACCUUCCAGAAGGACAACCAUCUCUGCAGCACUCCACCAAUCAGGCCUUUAGAGUGGCCAGACAGAUGCCACUCCUCAGUAAAAGGCACAUGACAGCCCGCUUGGCAUUUGCCUAAAGGCACCUAAAGGACUCUCAGACCAUGAGAAACAAGAUUCUCUGGUCUGAUGAAACCAAGAUUGAACUCUUUGGCCUGAAUGCCAAGUGUCACGUGAUUUUUUUUAUUUUUUGCUUUGUCAUUAUGGGUUAUUGUGUGUGUGUGUGUGUGUAUAUUGAUGGGGGGGGGGGACGAUUUAAUCCAUUUUAGAACAUGGCUGUAAUGUAACAAAAUGUGGAAAAAGUGAAUGGGUCUGAAUACUUUUCGAACGCACUGCAUGUUGGUAUUUUCUGUGUGAUUUACACAAUUGUGUCCUCCAGAAUUACGAGUUGGCACUGAAAUACUUCCAGAAAGCAGCGGAGCAGGGCUGGGUGGACGGACAGCUUCAGCUGGGCACCAUGUACUACAGUGAGUGUGUGCAUGUGGGAGUGUGUGUGUGUAUAGACCACCCCUUUUUUCUGUUGUUGUAUAGUGUAAAACAGCCUUGCCCAUUUUGGUUUCCUGGAAAGUGCAAUGUUAGUUGUCCACCAACAUUCUGCUCCCAAAUCUGCACUCUCCGCAGCAGGUGCGUUAUCAGAGGGGUGGCAAUGGCCACUCCUGAAAUGAUUGGCCACCCUUAGUGCCACCCCAUUCUAAAUGGGUGAGAGCGCUGUCAAUCUGGGUCAGAAAAAAUCCCUAACUGAAACAUUUCUUUUUUUUCUCCACAAAAUGUAAAUCACAGUGCAGUUAUCACAAAACUACCACUAACAGGUCCUGAUCAUCAUAAAGGGAAAACAUUUAACAAAUAGGCCUACCUAACACAACAAUGCUGUAACGUUAGUAAGAGGGGAUAUGCACCUUUCAAAUUAUUUUCUACGAAUGUAAAGUGCUCUGCACAUCAUCGUUAACAGUAAAAAAAAAAAAAGAACACUGCUGAUUCCAGAAAUGAUUGCUGUUGAUAUGCAGCCAUUGUCAAUGGCCUACUUGAGAUGCGAGGUUAUUUGCUUAAAGAAAGACUGCCAUUUGAGCCGCGACUCGCGUCUUUCUCGUCAAUAUCACUGUUCACCGUUUGCUCCAGUUUCCCUUUAUAAUGAGAGUUGAGACAUACAGUUAACAUUAGACAGCUAAAAGUCUUCACUUUUUAACCGGUAGAUACCCCCAUUUGGCGUGUUUUAUUUUGCCCUGUAUUUGAUUUGUGAGCUUAAACUUGGUGGGCAGGCUUUUGUUAAACAUGAAACAAAGUAGGCCCCUAGACUAUUCAUUACAAUAAAUCAUAGUUUAAACCAAUUUAACGCUAUUUGUGUAAAAAUGUGCUGAUUUUCUCAUGGCCACCCAUGACUGGUUUUGGUCACCCCAUUAAAAAAUCCUAGAAACGCCCCUGCUCAGCAGCCAUAAGACAACACACUAUUUCUUCUCUUGCACACCACUUUUCUUUGUUGGGGAUCUCACUCACUUUUGUCUCUCCAUUCCUCCUCUUCCUCCCCAGAUGGCAUCGGGGUGAAGCGUGACUACAAGCAGGCCUUCAAGUUCUUCAACCUGGCCUCGCAGGCAGGCCACAUUCUGGCAUUUUAUAACCUGGCCCAGAUGCACGCCACGGGCACCGGCGUGUUGCGUUCAUGCCACACCGCCGUGGAGGUAAGCUAGCUAUCCAUUAGCUAACUGCUGUACAUAAUUGGCUAGCUACAGCAUUAGCCAUUAAUUAGCCAUUAGAUAGCGCUUUAUAAUUGGAUAGCUAAAGGAUUAGCCAUUAGCUAGCUAGUUCAGAGGCCCAGUGCUUCACAGUUCAUUAGCCUUUAAGUAUCAAGCACCACUACUACUCUAGCCACCUGGGAGCUAGCCAUUACCUAGCGUUUCACAGUUUAUUAGCCAGCAAUUAGCUUUCCGUUAGCUGUGCAUUAAUCAUCAUUAUAAACUGGGUGGUUCGAGCCCUGAAUGCUGAUAGCUGUGGUAUAUCAGACCAUAUACCACAGGUAUGACAACAUUUAUUUUAACUGCUCUAAUUACGUUGGUAACCAGUUUCUAAUCGCAAUAAGGCACCUCUGGGCUUAGUGGUAUAUGGCCAACAUACCACGGCUAAGGGCUGUAUCCAGGCACUCCGCGUUGCCAAAUACCCCCUCGGGCCUUAUUGCUUAAAUAAGACAUCUGUUAGCCUGAGAUUAACCUUCAGCCAUUAGAUCAAUGCCUGAAUCACCAGUUAGCAGUCUUCUAGGUAGGCAUGAACCAAUUAGCCACCUGUUUAGCAAUUUAUUGGCCACCUAAUUGCCCUCCAUUAGCUGUCAUUCAGCCAUCCAUUAGCUAAUUAUUUAGCCAUUUGCUACUCAGUGUCAGUCAUUGGUUAGCCAAAACCUACUCACCCAUUCCUUAGCCAUUGAUCCACAACCAGGGUCAGAUACAAUUUUAUCCUCCCUAUAGUUAAAGUUCAAAUCAGGCGUUGUGUAAUCUGAUCCUAGAUCUGUGAUUAGGGGCGAUUUCCACCUUGAAUUGCCUUAACAGCCCCUUUUUGUUCUUGUCUCUCUGUGUGUCUAACUGCAUGUCUUCAUAUGCGUGUCUGCGAGCAGCUCUUCAAGAAUGUGUGUGAGCGUGGGCGCUGGUCGGAGAGGCUGAUGGCAGCCUACGGCAGCUUCAAGGACGGCGACAUGGACGGGGCGCUGGUGCAGUACCUGAUGCUGGCCGAGCAGGGCUACGAGGUGGCGCAGAGCAACGUGGCCUACAUCCUGGACCAGAGUAAGAACAAAUACACAGUAUUUAUCAUGAAAAUACCCUAGAUAGCUGAAAGGGGAACUGUUUUGAAGAGUUCUGUACUGUUUAACGGCAACCAUCUUAGAACCUCCUCAGCCCAAUUCUGUUUCUCCCCCUUCUCCCUGAAGUGUGCACUUGUUCACUCCCCCGCAAAGCUUCAAAAGCAUUUGGAUUGCGUUAAGCAUGGGCAAGAGGGAGCCAUGUGCCUUCCACAAGUUCAUUCCUUUUAAAUUAAUGAGGGGGAGUGAACUACUGCACACUUUUUAGGGAGAAAAGGGCUGAAACUGAAUUUGGCUCUAUGUACAUUGGUAAGACACCACUGCUUCCACGCACCUCCGUCACCAGAGAGCACUGUGACCCUAUAUCAAGUGAACCAAGCAUAUGGCCUGGACAUUGUCUGUGGCCUGCCAUCUGAUGUAAUGUGUUCAGAACACUAACCUCUGGUUAUUUGAAAAAUUGUGAUAUUGGAGAAAUAAGAAAUCACUGGAAGGCAAUGAAUCCCCUGUGGUUGUUUAGAUAAUGAGAAAUUGCUACACCGUGCCAAAACAAUACAUUUCUUUGUGCAGCCCUUCUGAUAUGUUUUUACAGAAAUUGCCUUUUUGAAUGCAUUUAAUAAGCACGUGUCAUGAUGAUUUUAAACCAGUUGGUACCAUUUUGUAUUUGAGAAUAACAAAUAUUAUUCUGAAUCUUGUGUUUCGUUUUAAGUAGAGGAGGCGCAGAUCUUCAGUGAGAACGAGACAUACCCUCGAGCCCUCCUCCAUUGGACCAGAGCAGCAGCACAGGGUUGGUCUAGCCUCCUUCAUAAAUCACCCUUCCAUAUUUUUGCUGUACUGAGCAGCCAUCUUGUGUUUGUACCCUUCAGUAAUUGUAGGUGAGGAUAGUUGGAUAAAGCUGGGGGAUUCAAAUGUAUGGUUAUGGUACUGACAUGUGUACUGUAUGUUCAACUGUGUUACUCUGGUUAUACAGGGGCUAGGAUGAAGAUGGGCCACUCCCACUUCUAUGGUUUCGGGACUGACGUGUUUACUGUAUCUUCAACUGGGCCAAGUUUUUCAAAACAUUUUAAAUCCAGAUCAAAAUGAUCCUGAGUUGUUAAAUUCUGCUUCCCCUUCAGAUGUGGUCCCUCAUUUUUAGAUGCAGUUUUAAGACAACAUGGAAGCAAAUCUCUAACAUAUCCUAUUGUAUGCUAUAACAAAGAUCAUGGUAUAUGAGCCCAUGACAUUUGGUUUGAAAAACUGGGCCCAGUUUAUUCAGUGGCUAGGAUAAAGCUGGGGGACUACCACUUCUACGGUUACGGUACUACGGUGUGUAUACGGUUACAGUACUGACUUGGGUGUACUGUAUGUUCAACUUUGUCACCCAGGUUAUACAGUGGCUAGGAUAAAGCUGGGGGACUACCACUUCUACGGUUACGGUACUGACGUGGACUACGAGACAGCUGUCAUACACUAUAGGAUGGCCUCGGAGCAGCAGCACAGCGCUCAGGCCAUGUUCAACCUGGGCUACAUGCACGAGAAAGGCCUUGGCAUCAAACAGGUGGGCACACUAACACACACUCAAUCAUACACACACACGCAACCCUAUACGUCUAACCCCUUACUCUUUCCCCUUCCUGUAGGACAUCCACCUGGCCAAGCGUUUCUACGACAUGGCUGCCGAGGCUAGUCCCGAAGCCCAGGUGCCAGUCUUCCUGGCUCUGUGGAAACUGGGCCUGGUCUACACCCUGCAAUACCUGCACGACCUCAACGUGAGUGUACAGUACAGAGCGAUUCUUGGACCCGGUGCCUCUGGGAGAUUCAAUUUCCCCAAUCGUUUCCAGUUCAACUCAUGGGGGCCAGGCUCAAUAUUAGAGGCAAACUUAGGCUAGUUGUAGUUUAUUAUGUUUGUACAGGAUUCAUGGGAUUGUAUUAUGUUUGUUUAAUGUAAUCAAUGCUCUCUCUCUUUCUCCCUCCCCCCUCCCUGUAUAAUCUCCCUCCCUCCCCCCUCCACCAGAUGAGUGAGGUGGUCAGUCAGGUGGACCUGGACCAGCUCCUGGGCCCCGAGUGGGACCUCUACCUCAUGACGGUCAUCGCCCUGCUGCUAGGCACCGUCAUCGCCUACCGCCAGAGACAGCACCAGGCCAUGCCCCCUCCUCCCCCGGCCCCGGGCCCAGCCCCAGCCGGGCCUCCCCAGGAGCAGGCCCAACCUGAGGCCCAGCCCCAGGCCGAAGAGGCGCAGCAGUGAGAGAUGGAGUGGGUAGUGCGUGAGGAAGGGAAGGCAAUAUCCCGACCCCUACCUUCCUCUACCUCUUCUCUGGGGGGUUGGUGGGGUGGGUAAAGGCAGACUAACUAGCUCCCAUUUUGGGCUCCACCUCCCUCCUGACUUCGGCAUGUUGACCACAGACUAUGUAGGCUACUGAACAGGCCAGACUCGCGCUACUUAACUCUCUGUCAAUGCUCUCAGACCCCCCAAGUUGAAGAAUGAAGAACGGAAUCGGCGAGGGGGAGAGUGGAGCAGGUUGAUGGACAAGGCCAUGGAACAGAGGCUGUAG